AUGGGUGGCAGCUCUAAUGGCGAGGUUAACGAGAGCGAUAUUACCGUUCACGUGUCACCAGUCUCGCACGUUGAACAACCCGACAAUACACUUCGUCGGCGGGAUAUCAUAUGGCGGAAAAUUAAAAAGUAUGCCGGCUUUAUUGGUCCGGGCAUGAUGGUCUCAGUGGCCUACAUGGACCCCGGAAAUUACUCCACAGAUACCUCUGCGGGGGCAGCGAAGCAGUUCCGACUGUUAUUUGUGAUCCUGCUGUCGACAAUCAUUGCCAUGUAUUUGCAAACUCUGGCAAUCAAGAUUGGUUGCGUCACAGGCAAAGAUUUGGCCGUGAACUGCAGAAAUCACCUCCCCAAAUGGGUCGGUAUAUGCUUGUACAUUUUCGCAGAGAUCGCAAUUAUCGCUACAGAUAUUGCGGAGGUCAUUGGUACUGCGAUUGCACUGAAUAUCCUGCUACACAUCCCCUUAAUAGCAGGCGUGAUUUUGACAAUCGUCGAUGUUAUGUUAGUCUUAUUGGCGUAUCGCCCAGGCAAGGGUAUAAAGGCCGUCCGGAUUUUUGAAAUUAUGGUCACAAUUCUGAUUUUUGCAGUGGUUAUUUGUUUCUGUGUGCUGCUCGGCAAAAUCCCCCCUGCGAAUGUCGGCCAAGUAUUUCUUGGUUACCUCCCAAGCCACUAUGUUAUUGACAAUGGCGGCGUGUACAUGUCCGCGGGCAUUUUGGGUGCUACCGUUAUGCCCCAUUCUCUUUAUUUGGGCUCAGCAAUGGCCGUGCCAAGAGCCAAGGAUUAUGAUUUGAAGCAUGGGUAUGAAGGAGAAGUGGACGAGAAGGAGUUGGGCUACAACUAUCAACCUAGCCAAGCUGCGAUUCGCUACAGCUACCGGUACUCGGUUAUUGAAAUGGGAGUAACUUUGUGCUCGUUUGCUGUGUUUGUGAACUCGGCUAUUCUUAUCGUUGCUGGUGCCACCAUGUAUGGUAAGGAAGAUGCUGAUGGUGCGGAUUUGUAUACUCUCUACGAUAUGCUCAAAUUGUAUCUCAGCAAAGGGGCGGCCGUCACAUUCAUGGUAGCGCUUCUUUGCAGCGGCCAAUCGGCUGGCGUUAUCUGCACUAUUGCUGGGCAAAUCGUCAGCGAAGGACAUUUGAACUGGCGGGUAAAGCCGUGGAUUCGCCGUAUUAUUACCCGCCUCAUCGCAAUGACCCCCUGCAUCGUUGUUGUUGCAGCCGUGGGCAAGCGGGGUCUCUCUGACGCCCUGAACUGGAGUCAGGUUGUCUUGACAAUCACCCUGCCUUUUCUUGCCGCUCCGCUUGUUUACUUGACCAGCAACAAGUCGGUCAUGAAAGUCGACACUGUCUCCUACGAUAUGGAGCUCACCGACUCUGAGAGUGCGACCGAUGGUGAUGCGUCGAAAUCUCGUAAAUAUUACAACAAUCAUUGGAUCACCACCAUUCUGGGGGCUGCCAUUUGCAUUUUCAUUUUGAUAACAACUAUUUAUCUUCUUGUUCAAGUUGGACUUACUGGACAGGCGGGCUAG